AUGGCGCCUGCACCUAUAACUGCCACCUCAAGCCUGAACUCAGAUUCAUCCAAAUCACUUCAAGGGCCUCCUCCAUCCCUUUCGCUCCCACCCUCCCAAUUCGCCAGGCUACAACCGCAUGCCUACCUCCUUGCGCAUCUUUCACCCCCAUCCCCAGACUCGCGACCCCCUCUGCGUGUAAAUGGACGCUCGACAUGUCAAUUCCGCCCCGUAUCCGUUAACACCGGCUCCCUAACCCAUACCAAUGCCAGCGCCGUAGUUCGCACUGGCGAUACAGUCGUGGUAUGCGGUGUACGCGGCGAAAUUCUCUCAACAGAUGACAUAGCAGCAUGGAACGUAUCUUCAUCGGAUUCUACUUCCUCUAAACGGAGAAGAACGGGAGGCGCACCGGUGCACCAAUACCAACAGCAAAAGCAACAGCAGCGCACCAAUGAAGAAACAGAAGAGAGCGACGGCGACGACGACGACGACGACGACGACGACGACUCCGAAAUACGUGACUUCAACCUCCUCGUCCCUAACCUCUCCCUCAGCACGGGUUGUGCCCCUGGCAUCUCCCCCUCCGCCCCCCCCUCCGCACUCGCCCAAUCACUCUCCCACAAGCUCCUCUGUCUCCUCCAUUCAACCCGCCUGAUCCGAGCCUCAGAUUUGCGCAUUCUUCACCACCAACCGGACCUCACAAGCAUAGCAACAGCCAACACGUCAACUCCCACCCAGCCCCAACCGCAAUCAUACGAACCAGAACCAGAAACAAAAGCCUUCUGGACCCUAUACAUCGACGUCCUCAUAAUCUCGCACGCAGGCAACCUUUUCGAUGCAGCGUGGGGCGCCGUCGUCGCUGCACUACACGACACGCGCCUACCAAAAGCGUGGUGGGAUAUGGAUCGCGGUAUGGUGCUGUGUUCCGACGAUGUUGCUGAGGCGCGUCCGUUGAGGUUGCGCGGGUUACCCAUUGCGAGCUCGUUUGCGGUGUUUGAGGCGGAUGAGGCGGAGAGGUGGAAGAUUCCGAUGCCGGUUGGCGAGUCGGGGGUGGAUAUGGAUUCGUUUUUGAAGAGGCCGGUGGGGGAGAUGAGUGUGGGUGGUGAAGGGAGGCCGCGGAGGUGGAUUCUUGCUGAUCCAGAUGCGUUUGAGGAGUCGUUGUGUGCGGAGAGGGUGUGUGUGGUUGUUGACAAGGGGCGGGAUGGGGAGGUGAAGAUUUGGAAGUUGGAGAAGAACGGGGGGUUGGCUGUGGGGAGGAGGGAGGUGAGAGAGCUUGCCGAAUUGGCAACGGGUAAAUGGGAGGAAUGGAAAGGGUUGCUUGUGGGACGAUGA